AUGGCCGAUACAAAUCCUCUUUGCAAGUCAGUCGACGGAAUCAUCAGCAGUCUACCGGACUCUGUCCUCUGCCACAUCCUCUCCUUCCUCCCAACAAGUACCUCCGUCAGAACCUGCAUCCUUUCCCACAGGUGGCGCCACCUCUGGAAGGAUCUCCAGUUCUUCAACUUCUCCUUCAUCCCUGAUCUAAGAAGACGUGGUGGUGAAAGCGCAGGAAAACAGCACAGCCGAUUCCUGGAUCUGGCGAAUGCAGUUCUGGUCCAAAGAAACCCGCUUCAGAUCCGAAACUUGAGCCUGGUUUAUGAAACGCCUUACCUUGACCUCAAUAAAGACGCAGUCACAGGGUGGGUUGAAGCUGCCAUUGGGCCCCACCUGGAAGAGCUUCGGCUCAGGGUGUGGAGUGGUAAAAUUGGAUUCAGGUUUGUGGUGCCACCCGGCGUGUUCAGCUGCCGUGCGCUGGUGAACCUCAACUUGGAUGGUGUGACUCUUGAGCUAACUCCGGAAGCAUCGUCGUCGAUUCACCUGCCAUCGCUCAAAACCCUCCACUUAUUUCUCGACUCUCCUGAUCACGUGGAUUCCAUUCUCUCCGGUUGUCCUCUUCUGGAAACCAUGCACCUCACCAUCCAGAGAUUCCAGCACUGUGCCCCCAACAUAAGCGCCCUCAAGAUCCACGUGCCUUUCUUGAAACGUUUAGAGUUUAUAGACUCGGGUGAUUCUGGAAUCGUGCGUUUUGAAUUGGAUGCGCCAUCUCUCGAAUACCUUUUUAUCCGCCUGUGGUAUCCGGUUUACUGCCAAUUCUCAGUCACCAACACGCGUAAUGUGGUGGAGGCACGUGUUGAUUGUCUUAUAGACGAUGGUUACUUUGGUGACAAGUACCUCGGUCUUGUUCCUAAGCUUCUUCAUUCCCUUUGCCAAACUAGAUCCCUUGUGCUGGUGUGGUCAACAGUGAAGGCCCUGCUUCGUGCUCCUAUUGUAGUAAAUCUUCCGGAGUUCAGAAAUCUAAGUAACCUAGAGAUUAAUCUGAAAUCAAGCAACAAUACAAGCCUUUUGUUGAGCAUGCUUGAUAGAUGUGGCAAACUUCAUGUCCUUACAAUUUACAAGGACACGUUUGCCGCCGACGCUCCAACGUGGAUAGAACCGGCCAGUGUUCCUAAAUGUCUGGAAUCACAUCUGUUGGUUGUUAAAUUUUCAAGGUACCAUGGAAACAGGGGUGAUCUAGAAUUGAUUGCUUAUAUUCUUCAAAAUGGACUAGUCUUGACGUCAAUGACAAUUGAGACAAUUUUCAAAGUGGAUCCAGAUCAGCAUCGUCGUGUUACCGAGCAAUUUUGUCAUAUGCCAAAAGGCUCCAACACAUGCCACCUUAAUGUUAAUUGA